UUUCUGCGAGGUGGCCUUCGUGCGUGCCUUCUCCGUCGCGCCCUCGCAUAUCCUCCCUUCCUCGGCGCGCCGCUUCCAGCUCCGUCCCCUUUUCCAUCAACGUGUACCGCUGCGGAGCUGCCUAUUCGCCGCCUUGAAGCAUCAAGGUUGGAAGUUGAAUUUUGUCAGGGGAAGUUCUGUGUACUCUGCAAGCCUGUAGCAGCAGCAGCACCCAUUGCAUCUCUCUUCACCAGGACCAACGAAUCUACCUCUGUACUUCACCAUGUAUAACACCCGGUUGAUUACUUGUAGCAGCAAACAGCGCAAUCAUAUCAGACUUGCAUACUCCUUAAAGUGAUCGUGGACAGGCGCACGGCACGCACCGUAUCAAACCUUCAACACCCGUCGUUGUUUCUCUUUUGUUCUUUGCCCCAUGGCCAGCAACUCCAGCCCUGUAGUCCCUAACCAUGUCCAGCUCCUACCUGAGAUGUCGUCCAUAUGCUUUACAGAGAGCUUCACUGCCACCCACAAUUUCAAGCUGGUGAAUUAUCCGAUGCUUGAUGGCAUGGGUGUUGGCAAGUGUGUCAGGUCCUGUGAAUUCAGUGUCGGUGGCUACAAGUGGGCUAUCACGUUCUACCCAGAUGGCAGCGACGAGGUCAACUGUGCUAGUAGCGCCUCAGCAUUUUUGCUAUGUGUCAGCCAGGUGAAGGAGGAUGUGAGAACCAAGUUCAGCUUGAACAUGUUGGGGGUAGAUGGCAAAGUACAGGUAACCAACCUCGGUGUGCUAGAUCAUACUUUUACACCGGCAACAUUUGAUUGGGGCUAUCAAAAAUUCGUUGACAAAUCAAAGCUGAAACCAUCAUUGAACGUGGAAAGUGGAUACUUGAUACGAUGUGUUCUCACCGUGAUGAAAGAACCUCGAACGGAGGUUAAGAGGAACCGUUUCAAUGUACCACAGCCGAAUCUGCAAGAUCACCUCCAGCAGAUGUGGAAGGAUGGGCAAGGAGCGGACCUGACAUUUAGUGUGGGUGGUCAAAUGUUCAAUGCCCACAGAUAUUUGUUGGCUGCUCGGUCUCCUGUUUUCAAGGCACAAUUAUUUGGCCCAAUGAAGGCGAAGGCAACACAGACACAGAGCAUCAAGAUUGACGACAUGGAGCCGUCAAUAUUCGAGGACCUUCUUCAUUUUGUGUACACUGAUUCUUUGCCAGAGGACGAGCACUACAAGGAAGGCAGGAUGGCAAAAUUUCAGCACUUGCUAGUCGCCGCAGAUCGAUAUGGACUAGAGAGAUUAAGGCUGCUUUGUGAAAGCAAGCUAUGGGAGGGCAUAGAUGUGGAGACGGUUGCAACAACAUUGGUUUUAGCAGAGCAACACCAUUGCAAUGAUCUCAAAGAAGCUUGUGUUGAGUUUAUGGCUCCACGGAAUGUGCUACAAGUUGUCAUGGCAACCGAUGGAUUCAAACAUUUGGUAGAAAGCUGUCCUAUGGUCAUGAAGGAGUUAUUGGACAUGGUUUCCCGUAGUGGCUAGUCUUGGUCAGAGGUCAAAUUAUCAUCCGCCCAACUAAUUAUGCAGAGCUAAACUAAUUAUGCAGAUCUAAAUUUCAAUGAUGUUCG